CUCAAAACCAACCACCAGCCAAUCAUUCCAAGUCUUGGACAUAAAUGAGACCAGAUUGCGCUUCACUCAUCGAUUGAACAUCAUGGAAUAACCUCACUCGUUCUUUUUUCUCGUCUUGUAUUUGUUUACUGUCGUGCUUCGAUGAGACCUUGAUGACCACAAGCCAUGGCGCCUAAACAACGUAAACCCACCCCAGGGUCCUCCUCAGCUUCGGGGUCCUCCCCCGCAAAAGCCAUCCCCCAUAUCGACCCCAACAGUUCCUUCACCCCCGAAUCUUUCGAGAAGGAACUCAAGUCUCUCGCUCAAAAAGCACAGUCUGAGACAACCUUGCAUUACUUGACAGAGCAAUCCAUCAUCUAUCUCAAAUCAGCCGCCUUGCUCUCCCUCAUUGCGCUGUACUCCACCGUCUCUCAGCUCAAUCUCUCCCCAACUUACGGCUCCAUUCCAUCAUCAAAAUGGCACUCCAAGCUUAUCAUGGCCGGGUGUUUCGCUGGAUGGUCAACUAACCUCACUCUCAACCGGGUCUUGCCGUUCAAGCCCGAGAAGCUAUUGCCCCUGCUGGCUGUUUAUGUCCCCGUCGUCCAGUUCUUCUUGGGGAAGGUCAGCUCAACACUGACGGCACAAUGGGGACCUUUGAUCACGGAGGGACUGACGCUAUUACCACUGGUGACAAUCAGUGCGGCUUGUGUGGCUACCUACCUCGAGGGUGCAGAUUUGCCUGGCUUCUUGCCAAGCUGGAUUCGGGACGCCUUGCCAGGACUGGGCGGUUAUGGGUUUUACAAGCUUUCAGAAAAGAUUCUGGGCGGGUUGGCUGAGGAGCAUAUUGGACAGUCAGUGUUAAACACAAGAGUGGGCAUGGAGCUGGCAUUGGCCGGAAGUUAUGCGGCUUUGGCGCCAUCAAAGUUGCUGGUUUUUGCUUUGCCAGCCCUUUUGCAUACUGCGCUGCUGAACACACAUCUUCCUACUGGAAAUGCGCUUGCGAAGUUAAACAAGGGUUUGGAGAGCGUUGGUUAUGUGGUUUUGGACAGGAAGGAGAGUUUGACGGGAUACGUCUCGGUUGUGGACAGCCCGAAGGAGGGAUACAGGGUCAUGAGAUGUGAUCACUCUUUGUUGGGUGGUGAGUGGGUCAAGUUCUUGAACCAGGGACAGUUCAAGGGCAACCAGGUUGCUGAGCCUAUUUAUGGUGUUUUUGCCAUGCUCGAGGCAGUGAGAUUGGUCAAGACCACUGAGAAGAUCAAGGAUCAUGAGGCGAAAGCUCUCGUCAUCGGUCUCGGCAUCGGCACCACCCCCGCUGCUCUUGUGGCACAUGGCAUCGACACCACUGUCGUCGAAAUCGAUCCUGUGGUGCACGAAUUUGCCCUCGAAUAUUUCCAGCUCCCCAAGAACCAUACCGCUGUCAUUGAGGAUGCGGUCACUUACACCUCCCGUCUGGCAGCUGACGAAAAAGGGCAGCGCUUCGAUUACAUCGUCCAUGACGUCUUCACCGGUGGCGCUGAACCCAUUCCCCUCUUUACUCUCGAGUUCCUCCAGAACCUGAACGCGCUGCUCAAGCCAAACGGAGUCAUUGCCAUCAACUACGCCGGAGACUUCGCCCUCCCCCCACCCCGCAUCGUCACCAACACUAUCCGCUCUGUCUUCCCCGCUUGCCGUGCCUUCCGUGAGCACCCGCGCGACAUGGAGGAUUUCACCAAGAACCAGAGGGACUUCACCAACAUGGUCAUGUUCUGCACCAAGGAUCCUUCUGGAGAAGUCAAGUUCAGGCAUCCUAACAACAGAGACCUGCUAAACAGCCCGUCGAGACAAGCGUUCUUGUAUCCUCAGCAUGAAGUCAAAGAGGAGGACUUUGUCAAGGCUGAGGGAGAGGCUGAGGGAGUGUUGAGGGCGAAUGAUACCGAGAGAUUGGUCAAGUGGCAUGAAAGCAGUGCAAUGGGGCACUGGGGCAUCAUGAGAACUGUGUUGCCGGAUGCGGUUUGGGAGGAGUGGUGA